CCGUUCCUCUUCUCUAUCUAUAUCUUUAUCUCUAUCCUCUGUCCGUGAAGAGAUACACUUCUUCGGAUGGAAGGAGGGUUUUUUAGUAUUAAAUCCAAUUAAACCGACCUUCUAUCCCCAUUUUGCUUUCACCAGACGAGAAGAUAGAUUACAGUUGAACCAAUCGAUCAGGUGAAUCUAGCUGAAAACUAUAAUUAUCGUAAAGAGGUUGAGUGAUAUUUGAUUGAAGUGGUGUUAGGUGUCAUACAUAUCGGUUGAGCCAGGAUUGACAUGAAAGAUGUUAUCUUCGUUGGGAAAUUUCUUCAAGGGCUGCUGGAUCCGUCCCUCAGACAACUAUGUAAUAGACGUAGAUGGCAGGGAAGAUGGGUUUCUUUGGUGCAGAGACAUGGGUCACCACUUAACUGGUGAAUUUUCAAUGGCUGUUGUUCAGGCCAAUAAUUUUCUUGAGGAUCAAAGUCAGAUCGAGUCAGGCAACUUGAGCUUACUUGGGUCAGGCCCAUACGGGACUUUUGUUGGAGUUUAUGAUGGUCAUGGCGGACCGGAGACAUCUCGCUACAUCAAUCGCCAUCUUUUCCAAAAUCUCAAGAGGAUCACUUCAGAAGAGCGGUCCACAUCAAUGUCAACUGACAUCAUACGAAGAGCUUAUGAGGCAACAGAGGAAGGAUUUACCUCUGCUGUUGCUGCACAAUGGCAAAGACAACCACAAUUAGCUACUGUCGGAUCUUGCUGCCUUACCGGUGUGAUUUGUAACCGAACACUGUAUAUCGCGAACCUUGGCGAUUCUCGUGCUGUUCUUGGACGUCUUGUGAGGGAGACUGGGGAAGUUCUUGCUGUGCAACUUUCCGCAGAGCAUAAUGCAAGUAUUGAGUCUGUUAGGCAGGAGUUGCAUUCUCAACAUCCAGAUGACCCUGAUAUAGUUGUCUUAAGGAACAACGUGUGGCGCGUUAAGGGUCUAAUUCAGGUUUCUAGAUCUAUUGGGGAUGUGUAUCUCAAAAGAGCUGAGUUUAACAGGGAGCCCUUGUGUGCUAGAUUCCGCCUUCCUCAGCCUAUAACAAGGCCGAUACUGAGCUCUGAUCCUGAAAUUUCAGUGCAUGAGCUUGAACCUCAUGAUCUGUUCCUCAUAUUUGCUUCUGAUGGUCUUUGGGAGCAACUCAACAAUCAGGAGGCAGUUGAUAUAGUACGAAACAACCCUCAUACGGGAAGUGCUCGAAGGCUCGUGAAAUCGGCCAUGCAGAAAGCAGCAAACAAGAGGGAAUUGCAGUACUCUGAUAUCAAAGGUGUGGAACGAGGGAUCAGGCGCCAUUUCCAUGAUGAUAUCACUGCUGUAGUUGUGUUUCUGGAUUCUGGUCUUCUCAGCAGAGCUGGCUCGCUGAGAGGCCCUACUGUAUCCCUCCGAGCUGCGAAUACAACUAUUGCGAGGAAUGCUUUACCCCCUGCUGCCCCUGUGGGGUAAACUGGAGAAUCAGAAUCUAUGAGCUUCGAGGUGAUCGUUGAUCGUUGUUUACUACUAUCUUUUUUUUUUUUAAGAAGUGACUUAUCCUUGCAGACGGUUUCUUGCCCUUUCCUUGUUAUCUUUCGAAUGUUGUUUGGAGUUUAAAGAUCUUGUAAAUGUUGAAUUUAUGUUGUGGAUUUAUGUCAUCUUAGGAUGAUUAUAUAUAUUCCUGUGGGCUGUGGAAGUA